UCUCCAUUCCAGGCCUACGAGCGUCGCUUCCCCGUCUGCCCCCAGAUGCCGAUCGUGCUGGACUGCAACAUCACCGAGGACACAGUCUCGGACGACGGUUCCAAACGAGAAACGCACCGGCGCUGCAAGCUGGCCGUCGAAGCGCCUUACCUGUUCAAAAAGAUCAUCGGCGUCGACGUGGUCUUCUUCAUCCAGAAGAACUUCCUGGACCUGAAGGCGCGCACCCUCAACAUCGAGGCCACCAACGAGACCUUUUCGUCGCGCAUCGAAAUCUUCGAAAAGUGUCGCUACUACGCGCACCCGGAAAACCCGGACUGGACCUGCUUCGACCAGGUCGCCACGCUGGACAUUAAGAACUUUUUCGGCUUCGAGCACUCGAUGGAGAAGAUGGGCAUGAAGCAGUACUCGCAGACGACCCAGAAGGGCAAGGAGAUUAUCGAGUUCUUCAUCGUGGAGCUCAAAAAGGAGGGCGUCGAGCACGUGGAUCGCUGGAAAGAAGACGCCACCAUUCAGUCCCCGACAGACGCCACUGCCACCCCCACCGGCAACGGAACCAGUCCAACCGGUGCCGCCAACAACGCAAACAGCACGUCAACCGCCGUCAGUUCACAGCUGGUGGUGGUGUCGAGUUCCAGCGAAAAACCGCCCCUUUCGCGCGAUAACAGCAUUCUGGACGCGGACUACAUUGCGAAAUAUCUGGGCCAGCUGUCUCCGCUGCAGGAAUCCAAGCUGGUGCAGUACCGCAAACGAAUCGAGGAAGCUACGACGGCCUCCGACGGGGACAGCGCCGUGCCCGACUACCAGACGUUGCUGCGAUUCCUGAGGGCGCGGGACUUUAGUAUCGACAAAGCGACCACCAUGCUGCAGGAAUCGUUACAGUGGCGGGCCGAACAUCGGAUCGAUGACAUUCUGAGCGAGUACAAGACGCCGGUCGUGGUGGAAAAGUACUUCCCCGGUGGAUGGCACCACCACGACAAGGACGGCCGGCCGCUGUACGUCCUCCGGUUGGGCAACAUGGACGUUAAGGGGCUGCUCAAGUCGGUCGGCGAGGAUGAGCUGCUGAAGUUGACACUCCACAUUUGCGAGGAAGGACUCAAACUGAUGAAGGAGGCGACAAAGCUGUUCGAGAAGCCCAUCUGGAACUGGUGCCUGCUGGUGGACCUGGACGGGCUUUCGAUGCGGCACCUGUGGCGGCCGGGCGUCAAAGCGCUGCUCCGCAUCAUCGAAACCGUCGAGAAGAACUACCCGGAGACGAUGGGCCGGGUGCUGAUCGUGCGGGCUCCGCGGGUCUUCCCCGUGCUGUGGACCAUCGUCAGUGCGUUCAUCGAUGAAAAUACCCGGUCCAAGUUUUUGUUCUUCGGAGGUCCGGACUGCUUGCACACCGAAGGUGGCCUCGAGCAGUACCUCCCAAAGGAUAGAAUCCCCAAAUUUCUGGGUGGAGCGUGCAGCCCGACGAUUCCCACGGUGGCGGAACCGGUCCCAUCCAAGCUCUUUACUCGCUGCUUUCUGAGCGCGUGCCACUGUACCCUGAUUCACGAGGGUGGCCUCAUCCCGAAGCACCUGUACAAGUCCGAAUCGAUAGACGUCGAGGGCGGCGGACACGGCGGAAUGGCACAGCCACACGAUCACCACGGCCUGUACAAAUCGGUCGAUCUCAAGCCGGGCCAGAUAUUCGAGCUGCUCAUCCGGAACGCGGACCCACGCUCCGUGCUGACGUGGGACUUUGACGUGCUGCGGAACGAUCUGCUGUUUGCGCUGUACCGGACGGACAAGCAGUUUGAGCAGGUCUCAAACGAUUCUUUCUCAUCCGUGUUUGACGCGCCAGAGUUCAAGGAAGGUGUGAGCUAUACCAAACUGGAAGACAAAGUGAAAUGCAGACCGAAAGAGGGAGUUCAGGGCUCCCACGAGAUGCUCACCGCCGGCACGUACGUCCUGCAGUGGAUGUGUCCCCCGUCGUGCGACGGUCCCGCCCAGCUGAUGUAUUUCCACGAGAUCCUCAGCUCGGCCAACUACAAGGGCUCGAUGACCAGCUUGCAGUCGGGCUUCUCCUCCAACAGCUUACAGUCCCGAUGAAGUGGCGGCGAGGAUGUGUCGACGGAGGGAGAUUGAAGCUCAAGUGACGGUGUGUGUUCAGUACGCGGAGAAUGCAUUUGAUGUUUAGGACAAAAUCGUGUGACUAAUUCGAAGGUUGUAACACCGUAACAAUAAGCUAACAAUCGAAUGCGAGAAUCUUUUAACAGUAGGAGGAAAAAAGGGGGAGCGUGGAAGAGGGACACGAUUUGAAUCAAUUACGCGUUAAGGUGACAGUGAGUCUUAGAUGGUGGAAAGGUGUCAAAAGUGAUUAGCAAAUUUAGAAUUAUACAUUGAAAUGUCCGCGUGACUUAGACAUGUAAGACAAUAUCAAGCAAAUUGCAGAAGAAUCGUUAUGUUGUUAAUUGUAACACAUUUGCCAAGCAGUGAACGAAACAGAAUCCCCCUGCAAGAA